AUGAACGAUGACGAGCUGGUCGGGCGGGCGCACAUUUUGAAGGCGCUCAAAGGCAAGCUUCUGGGCGGAGACGAGCCUAUUCGGGGCUGUGUGAUCUCGGGAAUGACCGGCAUAGGCAAGACGGCCCUCGCUAGAUGCAUCUACCACGACCCGUACGUGCGGGCCCACUUCACGUGUCGUGCCUGGGUAACCGUCUCCCCGAAAGGAAACAAGCUAGACGACAUGGCUUGGUCCCUCAACAACAAAACUUUGUUGGUCAAGAUCGUCACUAGUCCCUUCGACAUGCAACAGCUGAACAAAAUUUUGCCCGGUAACAAGUACCUAGUCGUGAUCGACAACUUGGGGGAUUUGAAGACCUGGCAACAAGUGAUGAGGUCUGCCCCGAACGACAUAAAAGGGAGCCGAAUCAUUGUGACGACCCAAAACGGGCUCAUAGCUCGAGAUGUCGUCAUGUCGAAUGGCUACGUGCUUCGGGAUCCUUUCCUUAACGAUGACGACAGCUGGCGUCUGCUCCAUAGAGUGGUGUUUCCCUACGGCAGCUACUGCCCGUGGGAACUCGAAAGUAUCGGGAGGAGAAUCUCCGGCAGCUGUGAGGGCCUUCCACUUGCAAUCAUCCAAGUCGGGAAGCUCCUUUGUGGGGUCGACAGGACGGCCAAGAGAUGGAAGGAGGUUGAAGAGAGUGAUUUUCUGCUCAACGACCCGAUCCUCUUGCGUAAGGCGUCUCUGAGUUACCAGCAGCUGCCUCGGCAUCUGCAGCCCUGCUUUCUGUACGUGGGCCUAAUCCCGAAAGGAAUCGAGAUCCGCCUGUCUAGAAUCAUCAACUUGUGGGUUGCCGAGGGAUUCAUCGCCGCACAAGGACAUAUGUUACAGAAAGAGGUGGGAAGGAUUUAUCUGAUCAAGCUCGUGGCCCGGAGUCUCGUUCAAGUUCUCAACUACAGCUCCACCGACGAAGGAAUCAAAACCUGCAGGGUCCACGUCAUGUACCGGGGUUUCUGCAUCAAGGAGGCUCGGGACGAAGGUUUUUGCCACGUCAUAAAAAAGUUGGAGCACGCCAAUGUGCAGGGCACAGGCAGCCAUCCGAGGCUUUGCUUUCAUAACAACAUCGUACUUGGACUCAAGCAAGCUCGUGCGGCGCUCGAAUCAGUUUCAUCCGCAUGUUCUCUUCUCUGUUACGGUCCACGCAGUCAGUACCCAGUACUGUGCGGGACUCCUCCUCUGCCCUUUAAGCUGCUCAAUGUGUUGGAUGCACCAGCUGUCCGUUUCUACGAGUUCCCUGACCAAGUACUCGGCCUCGUUCGGUUAAGGUACCUCGCCAUCACCUACGAUGGCGAGAUCCCAUCGGCUAUUUCCGCACUCUGUGACCUCCAAGUCUUGAUUGUCCAUCGGCAUCAAAUCGUCAGAUCCUCGUGUGCUGUGGCUAAUAGUUAUCUACCUAUGGAGAUUUGGACUUUGCGUAAACUGAGGCACUUACACUGCAUGGGAUGGGACCUCCCGCAUCCUUCUACGGCUUGUUUUUUCCUCGAAAACCUACUCUCUCUUUCGGGCGUGAGCCCCCGGAGUUGUACGCAUGGAGUGCUUGCAAGGAUGCCCAAGUUGGAAAAAGUAGGAGUUCGGGUCGUGCCAUUGCUAGCACAUGAUACGGUUGAGACCUUUGCCUUUUUUAGUAAUUUCUCACAUCAGUAUUCCAAGUUCGAGUCCUUCAAGUGCGUCGUUGUAGGACCUGAUCUUGGGACCACUUUUGCUUCUUUGGUAACUCCAUCAUUUCCCAUAUACAUUAAAAAGAUAACUCUGAGCGGGUGUCGGUUUCCAUGGGAGUACAUAAAGGUGAUUGCCCAACUGCCUAAUAUCAGUGCGCUUAAACUGCGACAGUAUGCUUUCCAGGGCCCUGAGUGCUUAUUGAGCGACUUGAUCUUCUCAGGCCUAACAUUUUUGCUGAUGGAGGACUUGGAUGUCGAGAACUUCAUAUGCGGGAUUGAUAGCUUCCCGAGGCUCAGGCGCCUUCGUAUCAGGCAUUGCUACAAAUUGAAGUCCAUCAACUUGGGCGAGAGUAUACCAUAUGAUACAGAGGUGGAUGAUUGCGGAGUAGUGAUUGAGAAUUGGGCUCGAGGAUUUAAAAAGCAACAUCUUGAUCAUCACGUUCACAUCCGUUCCUCAAGGAACGAUGGCGGCAGCAAAAAUAAUUCAUGA